CUGAGAGCGCUACAAUGUAACAAAAGCAGCGGGAUGAAACAGUGAAAUAACGCGCGAGUGUAUGAAGCGCUGCGUUCACGCGGGACCUGAUUAAUAACACACCACACACACACACCGGUGAGUUUAGUGGUUAAAGGGCUGAUAGUGGCUCGAGCUGUGAGUGAGUGAGCGAGCUCAGGAGGACUGUGCUUACAGAGAGACUGCCAGAGGAAUCUCCGCCGCAGCUGGACAGAGGACCGGAGGACCGGAGCACCGGAGCGGGCCGACAUGGACGACCAGCCGCGCCUGAUGCACGCUCAUGCGGCCCUGGGGAUGAGCGGACACCCGGGCCUGUCUCAGCACAUACCAAAACAUGCUCUCAACUGCCACAGAAUGAAGCCAGCGCUCUUCAACGUCCUGUGUGAAAUCAAAGAAAAAACAGUGUUGAGUAUCCGUGGCGCUCAGGAGGAGGAGCCUCCCGAUGCCCAGCUGAUGCGAUUGGACAACAUGCUGCUGGCGGAGGGCGUGUCCGGGCCGGAGAAAGGGGGCGGGUCUGCGGCGGCUGCAGCGGCGGCGGCAUCGGCUGGAGUCGGACCCGAUAACUCGGCCGAACACUCCGAUUACAGAGCCAAACUCACCCAGAUCCGCGGGAUCUACCACACCGAGCUGGAGAAGUACGAACAGGCGUGUAACGAGUUCACGACCCAUGUGAUGAACCUGCUGAGAGAGCAGUCUCGCACGCGGCCCAUCUCGCCCAAAGAGAUCGAGCGCAUGGUCGGCAUCAUCCACCGCAAGUUCAGCUCCAUCCAGAUGCAGCUCAAGCAGAGCACCUGUGAGGCCGUCAUGAUCCUGCGCUCCCGCUUCCUCGACGCCAGGAGGAAAAGACGAAACUUCAACAAACAGGCCACAGAGAUCCUGAAUGAAUAUUUCUACUCCCAUCUCAGUAACCCGUAUCCCAGCGAGGAGGCCAAAGAAGAGCUGGGCAAGAAGUGUUCGAUCACCGUCUCGCAGGUGUCCAACUGGUUUGGAAACAAACGGAUCCGAUAUAAGAAGAACAUCGGAAAAUUCCAGGAAGAAGCCAACAUGUACGCAGCCAAAACGGCUGUGAGCGCGGCGAGCGUGUCGGCACAUGGCAGCCAGGCCAACUCCCCGUCCACUCCAAACUCAGCAGGUUCUGCUGGCUCUUUUAACAUGUCAAACUCUGGCGAUUUGUUUAUGAGUGUUCAGUCUCUGAACGGGGACUCGUACCAGAGCUCUCAGGUGGGAGCCAAUGUGCAGUCACAGGUGGAUACCCUUCGCCAUGUUAUCAGCCAGACAGGAGGAUACAGUGACGGCCUCGCAGCAAACCAGAUGUACAGUCCGCAGGGCAUCAAUGCGAACGGUGGCUGGCAGGACCCCACCACCCCGUCCUCCGUCACCUCCCCCACAGAAGGACCCGGAAGCGUUCACUCCGACACCUCCAACUGAUCCUCACACACACGGACUGUCUCCAUCCCCGCACCACACAGAGAGCAUCAUCAAACGUCUUCAUGCUACCUCUCAAACAUCCAGACCGAGACAACAGGACCUUUAGACUAGACACAUGCAUCUAUACUGUAUGUCGACCCUGCCUUCAUCGUCACAACAAACAUCACGUUAUGUUUGAAACAUUUUUGCAAUUUUACCAUAGUGCCAAAGUACUUUUAUACAUCACUUUAGGAGCUUGUUUUACAUUAUAAUAGACUUGUGCUUGAAAAAGCAGUUUGCACUGCGUCUGAUCUGAACUAGAUUUCUGUUCAUCUAAUAACCUUUGCUUUGAAUCGCGGAAUAUUUGGUUUGUGUACAUAAGGGAAGAUCAUAAUUUCCCUGCUUUAGCGAGAAAUAAAGGCAAUGCGGUUUAGACAAAGAUAUCGAAAUAUUCAUUUCUGAAGGUUAUUAGCACAACGGUAUCAUUAUUUAGCAUUUUAAAUAAGAUUCACAUGCGUCACGCUUCAGUUUAUUCAUGUAAUCUUGAUGAAUUUUUGUCUGAUGUUUAUGUACAGACACACAAAUCCCUUUAUAUAUAUAUAUCAUCAUCAUCAUCAGAAUGCAAUAAAAGGCAAUCAGAAGUGAACCAAUCCCAAAUGUGAAAUCGCAUUCUUUUCUGGUUUCGUUCCACAUCAGCCUUCUCUCCGGGCGACCUUGAUACCAAAAACCACAGGCGUGUCCGCUCUUCCGUUCACAUCACAUCCUUCAUGCUGUAAAUUGUGUCAAAUCUGGGAUGUGUUUCUCACGAGCGUCCCGGCGCGUUAUACCUGAAACCAAAAAUCCACUGGUGUUUCUUGAGAAGAAAGGAAAAGCUCACGAUGGCACACAAAUGCAGAAAUCGGUUUGGAUAUAUUUUUGAUGCCCUCCUGUUGUGAAUAGCCGAUUCUCAUUUCUGAUUUCAUACACGAACGGCCAUAUAUUUGAUUUCUCGCAAGCAUAAUGUGAAUGCGCGCUAGCUUCAAUAUGUAGAUGUGCACCUUUACUCUUCUUUUGCUCUUUUCAUAACAACGGCUAAAAUGAUUAGGUCUUUACGGAAGCGCUGUGAUGAGCGCAGGCUUUCUGCUCCUGACAGUUGCUCAGUUGAUUGAGAAUGAGACAUGUAGAGAGGUUUUGGAGCUCUAGCUAGUGUGGGUCAUUGUCUUUCUUUGGUUUGCCGUCUCAUCGCCGGAGCAGAUCCCACCUCAGCAGCACCGUAUUCAGAAAAGCCUCAUGUAAUGAUGCUUUUAGUUUUUGCAUAUACAGCGGUUUGUAAGACAUCACAUGUUUACUUUGUUGCAUGUCUUCUGUUCUUUAAACUCCUGCAGUGUUUUUGAAUGUUUCUUCUUUUUUAUAUCAAGCGCAGAGACGUCCUCUUGUCAAGUUUUAACUUUUAAGAUCUCUGCAUAUGUAUAAAAGGAAUAAAAUGGAACAGCAAACUAUUGUCUUUUUGAUUCCAACUCGUUUUUGUGAAGAAAAACUAACAAGGUGUAGGUUUUUUGGUCUCUUAAUUUGU